AUGGAAGCUUCCGCGGCAGGGGGACCUGGUGGUGCACCCUCAGCUCCGUCAUCUGGAGCUCAGCGUGGCCCGAAGAACCAACGGGGACGAGGAAAAGGACGAGGAGGAAACCGCGGCCGAGGCGGAAACCAGAGAGGCGGAAGCACUAGCGCCCAGAACGAUGCUGAUUCCCGCAAGAACCUGUCAAACCCCGCCGCCCAGGACCUCGCGGCUGCCGUCGACAAGGCCCGUAUCAGCGCCGGAAAGCCUCCAGUCGACGAAGAGAACGCAGACGACGAUGCUGAGGUCUGCUUCAUUUGCGCCAACCCCGUCUCUCACCACUCGAUUGCGCCCUGCAACCAUACCACAUGUCAUAUCUGCGGUCUGCGGAUGAGAGCACUCUACAAGGACAAGAACUGUGCUCAUUGUCGUACAUCCGCUCCCUAUGUCAUCUUCGCCCCCAAUGCUGAUAAGCGCUUCGAAGACUUCACCAAUGCUGACAUCACGACGACGGACGAUAACAUCGGCAUCAAAUAUGCCAACGAAGAUAUCGUGGGCGAUACUGUCCUCCUCCUCCGCUACAACUGCCCAGACGCCGACUGCGAUUUCGCUGGCCUGGGAUGGCCCGACCUGCACCGCCAUGUCAAGUCCGCGCACAAAAAGCGCAUGUGUGAUCUGUGCACUCGUAACAAGAGGGUCUUCACACAUGAGCACGAACUGUUCGCCGACAAGGAGCUAGAGAAGCAUAUGCGAUACGGAGAUGACAAGCCGGGAGCCGCAGACCAGACGGGAUUCAAGGGACACCCUCUGUGCGGUUUCUGCGGCGAGAGAUUCUACGACGACGAUAAGCUGUACGAGCAUUGCCGCAACAAGCACGAGCGGUGCUUCAUUUGCGAUCGGAGGGACUCCCGGAAGCCUCAUUAUUACCGGGACUAUAACGCCUUGGAGGAACAUUUCAAGAAGGAUCACUACCUAUGCAAUGAUCGCGAGUGUUUGGAGAAGAAGUUUGUCGUCUUCGACACCGAUAUGGACCUACAGGCGCACCAGCUCAGCGAACAUGGUGGUAAGACCACCGGCAGAGAUUCGAGACUUGUGGACAUCUCUGGCUUCGACAUCAGAACGCCCUACCAAGACGAUAGGAGAGAAGGUGGGCGCAGAGAUCGACGGAGGGAGGGACGUGGCGGUGGUGGUGGUGGAGGUGGAAGGGGAGGCCGUUGGAGUAAUGAGAAUGCUGAACCUGUACCGGUGUCGUCUGCACAACCACUGCGCCGAGAUGAGAUUGCUUUCCAACGUCAAAUGGCCAUCCACUCAGCCCAGUCCGUGUCAAACCGCACCUUUGGAGGACAGUUGAGUGCCCCAGCCGCAACUAAUACACCGCCGUCUGGAUCUAGAAACAACAGCUCUCCAUCAACCCCUCGCCCAGCACAGAACCGCAACGCCAACAACGCCGAAGUUAGAGACAUCCCUCAAUUGGACGCUCUCACAGUCGACCCCGCAAACAUGACUCCUGAAGAUCGCGCACGAGCUGUUCGUCAUGGCUCUGUAGUCGAGCGAGCCUCAAAUUUACUUCACAACGAUGCGCGGAAGCUGGCGACCUUCCGAGAACAUAUCUCGACAUACCGACAGGGCAAGUUUACUGCACCAGAGCUGGUAGACGCCUUCUUCACCCUUUUCGGCGAUACUUCGUCAAAUGCCCUCGGCACACUACUCAGGGAGGUUGCCGACUUAUUUGACGACAAAGUCAAGUCCGACGCACUUCGCAAAGCCUGGCAGGAUUGGCGGGCGAUCAAUGAAGAUUACCCCAGUCUACCUGGGCUGAGCGGCAUGCACGGAGCCACGUCAAGUUCGAGCGGAUGGGCCACUGCGGGAGCUGCCAGCCCAGCUCUGCCUACGGGCGCACCGGCGCAGAAACACUCGAACAGAGUGCUCAAGUUGAAGAACAGCACCAGGCUCGGCCCCGCACCUGUUUCCAGAUCACAACCGACAUGGGUAGCGUCCGCUUCAACUUCUAUCCGACCCCCUGCUUCAGCCGGUUUCCCCUCGCUGCCCCCAUCUUCAAAGAAGAGCACUGCCUCCUCCUCAUCAACGCCAUCGUGGAAUACCGGCUCGGCUGCUCAAACUUCACAAUCAAGCGCGAGCUCAUCUUCGGCACCGUUGAACAACCGCCCACGACCCAAGGCCAACGACAAGGAUGCCUUCCCAGCCCUGCCGUCAGCCCCCAAGCCACAGACUACAAUCUUUGGCUACGGGAGCGGACGCGGCGUGAGGCGGGACCUGCCCGGUCUAGGUGGCCGGGGAGAGACCGGUUUCUCUUGGGGCGGCGAGAGCGGUCAGUCGUCAGAUGCAGCCGCUGCAGAUGAGAACGCAGACAAGCCUGCAGAAGGACAGGGCAAGAAGGGCGGAAAGAAGGGGAAGAAGCAGGUCCUGGUCCAGUGGGGCUAA